ACGAAAGUGAAAAUAGACUUAGUUAUGAUACGUUCAUAAACGUGUUUUUGUUAGCAUGUCAAAUACAUCUGUAGCUCACGACAUACAGGGAAAAUCGAGGACAGGGGAUGUUUUGAUAAAUGAAAAUGUUAAUUUUUCCGGACUACUCCUAUCGGACAAUAUAUUAAGCGGUCUUCAAAAAGCAGGAUUUCAGCGUCCAUCUCCAAUCCAACUGAAAGCAAUACCGCUUGGACGAUGUGGUUUAGACCUUAUUGUGCAAGCAAAGUCAGGCACGGGAAAAACUUGUGUGUUCUCUGUCAUAGCGCUGGAAGGUAUUCAAACAGAGAGCUUUGCACUGCAGGUCCUAGUAUUGGCCCCUACCAGAGAAAUCGCCACACAGAUCUGGGAUGUGAUCAGCUCUAUAGGACAGUGUAUACCCUCUCUCAGAUGUCACACCUUCAUCGGGGGAAUGCCUGUUGUAGAGGACAAGCAGAAACUAAAGAAGUGUCAUAUUGCUGUGGGAACACCAGGGAGAAUAAAACAGUUGAUAGAGACCAACAUAAUGACUACAGACAGCAUUAGGAUGUUUGUGUUGGAUGAAGCAGACAAACUCCUGGAGGAAAGCUUUCAGGAGCAAAUCAACUGGAUCUACUCCACACUCCCUGAGAAUAAACAGAUGCUGGCUCUGUCUGCUACCUACCCUGAGUACCUAGCCCAGCACCUGACCAGCUACAUGAGAAACCCCACCUUUCUUAGACUCAAUAUCUCCGAUCCAGCAUUGCUUGGAAUUAAACAAUUCAAGAGGGUUGUAGAUUACCAUGUCUUGCCCAACAAAGUGUUUGACAAUAAAACCAAAGUUGUCAUUGAGUUAUUGUCAUCUGUCAAUUUCCAGCAGUGUCUUAUCUUUUCCAACCUCCAAACCAGAGCACAGAAUAUGGCUGACGUCUUGAUCAGUCACGGUUGGCCGACAGCUUGUAUUGCAGGAAGUCACGACCAGAGAGAUCGAAACGAAGCCAUGAGUCAACUUAAGACAUAUAAGUGUCGAGUUCUCAUCUCCACUGAUCUAACAUCCAGAGGGAUUGAUGCUGACAAGGUUAACAUGGUGAUCAACCUAGAUGUUCCCAAAGACCACGAGACGUAUCUCCACAGAAUAGGCAGGGCAGGCCGGUUUGGAACAUUUGGGGCAGCAGUGACUAUUAUCAGCCAUGGACAAGAAGAAAGAGACUUGAACAAGGUGGAAAAGAGAUGUAACACUUGCAUUAAAGACCUUCCAGAUCCAAUUCCAAACACAUUGGCAAAGAGUGAGGGAACUAUAUGCCUGGAUGAUAUGGUGUCUACCGAACAAAUAAUUACUGACCACACCAGAAUAUCCCCAAAGAAGAUAGAAACUACACAGCAGAGUCACAACUCAAAAAGCAAAUUAGAUCAGGAGUCGCAGACAAACAGCAAAGGUGGAGAGCAUUUGAAAAAUUUGGAAACGAAUUUUGAGAACUGUUUGAAGACAAUGACAAAGGAUGUGCAAUUAAGUUCUUGUAAUGAGAAUGGGGACAAUUCUGAAGAAGAGAAAUCAAAUUAUAUGUGUGCAAGGAAUUGCAAAAAGAAAUCUUUUCUAAAUGAAUGGACUGGCAACAAGAUUGGACUUGAUAAUUUAUGCAAUCAGGAAUCCAAAGAAAAAAUGGAGAAUAAGGAUCAGCUAACAGGAAAAUCAAGGAGUUCUUCUCAUAAAGGAAAAACAGACCAAGAGGAAAAAGAUUUAAGUAGAUCUGCAGAAUAUGAGGCAAGGAAUCUAAAGAGUGAAAAGAAGAUGCCAAAGAAGAAAGAGAGUUGUUUUGAAAUACAAAUUCCAAAGCUAGAUGAAUUUUUGAGCCAAAACAGGAAAGGAGAUUUUAAAACUUUUGAUGAGAAGAAGAGAGAAUACCAAAAGUAUCUCGAAGAGAGGGAUGCAUCUGUAAAUAGAGAGGAGAUUAUAGUGACAGCAAACCCAUUUGUUUGGAAAAAAGAUGAAAGAGAACAAUUGUUAUCUAUGAUAAACAAAAUAUUAACCUUAGAAGAAGGGUUUGAUGAAAAUGUGGAAAAGGAUAGUGAAGAGAACAAAGUUAAGAGUGCUUGUGCUGAGGUGCAGACAGAAAGUUUUGAUUUUCUUCCUGAUAUGAAAGGUGACAGUACAUUGACAACAGGAACAAAGUACAAGGAACAUGUUAAUAAAAAGUGUGGUUCUCACCGAGUUCCCAUGCAUGACACACACAAAGGAUCGGAAACAAUGGCGCUGAAUGGGAAAAAGCAAUCCAAAGAACAUCAAUACAGAGAUCAUGGGUUUUGUUUAGACCAAGAGGGAGUCUUUAGCAACGAAGAAAUAGAUUCGUUCGAUACUUUGUGUGAAGAGGAAGUUGAUUUUGAGAAGCAAAAUUCGGAAGAGGAGGAACAAACCUUCUUUGAAUAUCCAUAUAUUCCAAAUUCAAAUCAGUCAACCUUAAAUAAUCAUUGUUUGGGGGAUCAGUACCCACCAUUUGCUUUUAAUCCAUAUAACAGUUUUGGAUACCCGUCUCCAACACAGAUGAGUCGUGAUCAAAGAAAACAUUUGUUUAAUUAUCAAUUAUCUCUGUCCCUUUACCAACAAAAUAACUAUAUAUCAGCAAUGCUUGGACAAUUUUAUUAAUAAGAAGCAAUAAACAAUAUAAAAAGAUUGUUUUUUUUAUUAUAUUAAAAUUUUCAUCAUGGUAAGCAUUAUGAUCAAGGAUAGAGAACAUUCUUUCCAAAGGGGGAAUGCUGUAUUAUCAGAUUUUAUUCGACUCGGGCAUGCGCAAUCAUACAAAGGCAUUCAUUUGAUCUAUUUGGAUAAGUUGUUUUUUUUAGUUGGAAGAGCAUGAAUCAUUUUUUUUUACUCCCAUUUAUAUUUCAGAAUACAUGUAACUAAAUGCAUAAUUAUCAUGUCAAUUAAUGUAGCAAUCUGAAAUUCAUGGCCCUAGGACAGAACCGAUAUGGUUAUAGUGAAAAUG